AUGCCGUCGAGCCAUGGAGGCAGUGCCUCGGCGAUGGACGAGGACGAGGUUCUGAGGACCGCAGCGCUGGCAUGCCUCUUCUUGGGUCAGGUGGCGCCCGAAAUGCAGGUCGCGAAAUCGUGGCCGAUGGACCCACCCAGUUGGCCCAAAUAUCCUGGGCGACAGGUGCACGUCCUGAACGGCACCUGGCGCUUUGCCUUUCUGGGCCAAGUCGCCUUAGAGGUGCAGCUCCUGGCCCAAGAGGUUGCCACAACAGCUGUGGAGGUGCCGGAUGCCUUUGACAUGCGCCCGGAGCGGCCUCGAUGCCACCAUUGUUGGCCCUUGGAGGAUCCGAUGGAGGACCAGAAAGUGGACCACGAACUCUGCCAGCUUUGCUGCAGCCGCGCCUUUGGUUUCCGCGGCAGCGAGCUGUGCUGGAAGUCACUGCCAAAGGAGCACAAAGACGUGGCCUUUGAAAAUUGCUGCGGCCAAGACUCGCUACGACAUCGGCGUGGUGUUGCGCUGUAUGAAACGGACGUGGAAGUGCCGGCGGUCAAUAACGCUGUUCUGCUGUUUGGUGCUUGUGUGAUGCGAUGCCUUGUGGCCGUGGAUGGCAUGCUGCUGGCAGAUCACAGUGGUUUGUCGCCCUUCACUGUCGCAGUACCUGCUGCCACAGUACCGUCGCAAAGGUCUCGCAGGGUGUCGGUCCUGGUCGACAACCGCUUCGAUCAGAGAACUCAUCCCGUGCACCAGCUGAAAUUCGACUGGUACCAGGGAGGAGGGCUAAUCAGAGCGGUGCAAUUCCAUAGCCUGUCGCCGCGUGCCAUCCAUUUGGCGGGCGUGGAAGUGUUUCCCCAGACCCUGGAGACCAUCGAUGUAGACCUACGUUUGAGCAGUGGAAGUGGCUUGGAAGGCCUCGGAGGCCUCGGAGGUUUGCUGUUUCGUUGGCGUAUUGAUGACCCAGUGGAAGGUUGUCAGGGCCUCCACGACUGGGCCUCGGCCAAUGUCACCAGCCUUCGGCUCCCAGUGCCUGGGGCCCUGCCAUGGCGACCCGAGAAGCCACGGCUUCAUCGGUUGAAGGUGGCAUUGCUGGAGGGCGAGCAGAUGUUGGAUUGCAUGGAGGUCCGCUUUGGCCUCCGGACGGUCAGCACGCGAAAGCGCGAGAUCUUGUUGAACGGUGAGCCCCUGAAGCUCUUUGGCUUCAAUCGCCACGACUUGACCUCCUCGGCGGUGCUGAGCGACCAGCAGCUGCUGGAGGAUGUGCAGCUUCUGAAGGAGGUGGGAGCCAACUUCGUGCGAGGUGCACACUACGCUCAGGAUCAGCGAUUUCUGGACCUUUGUGAUGAGCAUGGCCUGUUAGUAUGGGAAGAGGUUCUGGGCUGGCAAAACACUCCGCAGGAUUUUGCGGACGGCAUUUUCUUGAUGCAGAGUCUGAAACUGGCAGAUGAGAUGGUGGCAGCAUCGGUGAACCAUCCGUCGGUCAUUUUCUUUGGCUUCUUCAAUGAAGGUUGCAAGGGUUUGAGGGAACGGCAGGUCUUUUUCGCCUCACCAGUUGCGGUCAUGGCCUUAGUUUCACCCUGGCACCCUGUGCUGCCAGCGCUGCCGGCCGCGCCAGCCUCGAGCUCGACUUCCAGAGCCUCCAGGGCCUCCGGAGCCCCGGUCAGAGCGGCUGCGGGGCUGGGCGUGGCGGCUGGGUGCGUGGCAGGGCGCGUCAGGCGGAGCCAUGUUCUGAGGAGAGUGCGCCCUGAGCUCAGCAAGCGGGAGCAACCGCAGCUGGCGGAACUGGAAGCCGAUACAACGAACGAGGUGCUGCCCUAUGCACAGCCCCAGGACAAUCAGGAAUCUAUCCAGUGGCCCAACGUGUUGGAUCCUAUGAAGCGGCAAGCGGAUUUAUCGCGCGAAACGGGCGACGGUGAAACUUGGCGGCAGAAUUUUCGCGGCAAACGUGAACAAGCCGUGCGCUCCCUGAUGCAAUCCUUCCUGCGGAUGCAGGACCCUUUGCGUAUCAUCCGUUUCGGCAUUGAGCACCCCGAGGGUGAUGGACGAGGCUGGGCGGCGGUGGCCUUGUGUCGUUUGAACAAGACCGCGGAAGCGGCGAAGCUGGCGGCCGGCCCUGAUGGGCAGACGCCCUGUGGUUACCAGACCUUGAGAUAUGUGGCGCAUGCCUGUGCAAAGGUGGGAGCAGUGGAAGCCGCCUACCAUUUGUCGGGCCUACAGCAGAAAUGCGGCCGCACCAAAUAUAUCACUGCUGGAUCUCGAGUUUUCCAAAGCGUCCUUGAGAGCUCGGCGCUGUAUUUGCAGUCCACGGCUGAUCAGAUGCCCAAGCUUCUGACGGGUCACGGUGCGCGCGUGGCCGAAAAACUCGAGGAAAUGCUGGAGAUUAAGAAUGAGAUUCUGGCGCUUACGCCGAAUCGUCGAUUUCUGAUGCUCAAUGAGCCCUUCAAUCAGCUCAUCCGAUGGUAUGGCCGAGCGAGGUUGGUCCCACAGGCCUUGAGGGCCUGCGAGAUCAUGAAUGAGCUGGGCAUCCCCCGAAAUGACAUGACGCUGCACUUUCUUAGUAGAGGUUGCGCGCAGCAGUUCACGUGUCUCAAAAAGGCCCAGAGGUACACACAAGCGCCUAAGGACUUGCCGGGCUACCGCCCAGAAGUGGUCUUUAUUGGCCGCGUCAACAGCGGCAAGUCCUCCAUGAUCAAUGCGCUCUUCAGCUCCCUGACAAAGUUUGCCCCGGCCUCCAAGACCAGAGCCUUCACCCGAAAACUCAUGUUCUACGAGGUGAACAAAGAACGCGCAGGAUUGCCCCACUUCAUGAUGGUGGACACGCCCGGCCUUGGCUGUGCUGACAUUGAGCGAGCUGCAAAGAUCACGAGGGACUGGCCGGAGUUGAUCUAUGACUACUUGCGAAAUCGAGAGGCGUUAAAGCACGUCUUCCACCUGGUGGACGCUCGAAAUCACAAACUGCUCCCGGGCGAUAAGCAGCUGCUGCAUCUGUUGGCCAAAGCCCAGCGACGAUCCGUGCGCUAUACAAUCGUCAUUACCAAGAUCGAUGUUUGCAAAAGAGCCGUUGCCAACAGCACAGCCAAGCGAAUCAAGGAGGAACUGGCACCAUACUGUGAUGUGGACAUCAUGUUCGCCAGCGCACGCAGUCUGCGUGGUGUGGAUCACCUUUGGUCCAAGAUCUGGCAGUCGGUGACGGAAACACCGCGAGGACGGCGGCACAAGGACAUUGCUCGAAAAGAACUGGAGAGACUGAGAACCAUGGGACCAGAGGCGACCAAGGGUCCUCAGCUCUCAGAUCUCUUGGAGAUCCCCGACUACCGUAAUGCUCCUCGGGAAGCCGUGAGCUUCGACGGUGAGGAGUGGGCAGAGGAUACGGAUUACGACCCCGGAGAGACGGCCGAUGGAGAGAAGUACUUUGAUGACAAGUGGGGAGAAGAUCUGAAUGAGGAGAGCGAAGGUGAGAGCAGUGUCGCAGAUUUUCAAGCCAUGGAGGACGAAGACUUCAGUGACGAGGAGCUUGAAAGGCGUUGGGAGUCCUUCGACGAGGAAUGGGAAGAGUCGGAGACCGUGAGCAAAGCUCCAGCUUCGCAGAGGGAUUUUGGCGCUUGAACGGCUCAAAAAAAUGCCGUUGUUCGGGCUUCACCCGCGCACAAACU